GCCAGAUCCACAUGACCGCGCUUGCGCCCCUUGCAGCUGCCCUCGACACGCAAAGCGCGCAAAUCGCUUCGACACCGACGCGCCAGCCCAAGCAGACGUGCGCCGCGUGCUACGCGCGGACCCGCGACGUCAUCACCGCUGUCUGCGGCGCGUCGUGCCCAGCGAUCUUUUGCCGCGACUGCUUUCUUCGCUUUUUGCAGAUCCAAGUGACUUCGCACAUGACCGGUAUCGUACGUGGCGUCGAGUGUCCGAUCUGUAUUCGGUCCGUGAGCUUUCGCCGCCUUCGUGCUCUCGCGCCCAAGGCCGCUAGCAUUCACGAGCUGCAAGCUGCAGUCACGACAGCCGUCAGCGUCCGCUGCCCUGCAUGCCACAACACAAAGAGCCUUUUGCCCAACGUGACAAAGAGCAAGUCCGUCGAGGCGCAUUUCGACGGGAUAUUGCCCAACGCUGCCGAGCUCCUCGCGACGCACCUGCCCUCGGCGGUGCAAGAGAUAGCACCAGUCCUCCUCGAUCGCUGCAGCGCGUACAGUCGCUACGAGGUCUCAGCGCAAGAGCUCUUUGCCUUCGUGCGACGCCAGGUGCCGCAGCGUCUGCUCCUCGAUCCUACGCUCACGGUGCUCGUCCGCAUGUUUGACGACGUCGAGCGGCAAGCGCGGCUCUACCUCUGCUGGCGCCAGCACUCGCCGUUCACCGCUACCAUGUGCUGCAAGCACGACAUUUGCUUUGUGUGCAAGACAUCGGGCCACCACGAAGGUGAGCCCUGCAGAACGCUGCAGGCAGACGCGGCGAUGGCGAAGUGCCCGCACUGCGCCGUGCACCUCACCAAGGGCGACGGCUGCGACAGUAUUCAGUGCUUUUGCGGCGGCACCUUUAGCUGGGCAACCGAAGCGCGCAAGUUUGCCGACGAGUACUUGCGCAGCCGGCUCAACCACCGCGUCUUCUGCAACGUCCUUGCAUACCUUCGCUUGCGCGUUCAGCAGCGCCGCUUUCGCGUCACAGUGCUGCCUUCGCUUCUCGAGACCACCGAGCGCCGCGCGCUGCGUCGCCUCGAUACGCUGCUGCCUGCACCGCGUUGCGUGCGAUCGGUGCUCUUGCGCGCAGUGUACCGCAAGCGCUACCGCUCGAUUGUGCUCGACAUGCCGGUGCAUCUGCUGCAGUGGCGCAUUGCCAUUGCAGCCAAACGGGCCGAGAUGAUCCACUGGAUCGGCUUGACAAAGCUUCUCUCCGAAGCCCGCACGGGCCGCGCAUCCGGCCGCAAGCCAGCGACGAAGAAGAAAAAGCCAGUGCCCGCGAGCGUCCAGCGGAUCGUCGAUCGAGCGGCGUCCUACUUUGCAAAGCCGCUGCCUGUGCCACCGCAAGUGGCCACGUGCGCGUACCUUCCGCACUCCACGAACUCUCGGAAGCGCCCGCUUGUAGACACAUAGUCGACAACUUUAUUUACGUAUAUGAAUGACAAUAUGUUCAUCCAAGG